CAUGCCGCCGGCCGUUGUGAACGGAGUGAGGUUGAUGGUGGCGGUGUUUUGGAUAACGCGCGGUUUGGCAGCUUUGCCUCCUGUAAUUAGAAUAGGCGCCAUUUUCACAGAGGAUCAAAAAAACAGCAGUUCAGAACUGGCCUUUAAAUAUGCGGUCUACAAGAUAAAUAAGGACAGGGUGAUACUGCCUAAUACGACGUUGGUUUAUGAUAUUCAGUACGUGCCACGAGAUGAUAGUUUCAGAACAUCAAAAAAAGCUUGCAGACAGAUGGAAUUUGGUGUUCAAGCAAUUUUCGGUCCGUCAGACCCAAUUUUAGGAGCCCAUAUACAGAGCAUAUGCGAAGCGUUGGAUGUUCCUCAUAUCGAAGCCAGAAUCGACUUUGAACCAAUGUCAAAAAAGCUAAGCAUCAAUUUGCACCCAAGCCAAGAAAAUAUGAACAAAGCUUUCAAAGACCUGAUGGCGUUUUUGAAUUGGACCAAAGUGGCCAUCAUUUAUGAAGAAGAUUAUGGUUUGUUCAAAUUACAAGAACUAGUAAAGGCCCCAGCUGCUAUCAAAACUGAAAUGUACAUUCGUCAAGCAACACCCAGUACAUACAGGCAGGUACUACGUGAAGUACGACAGAAAGACAUUUUCAAAUUGAUCAUUGAUACGAACCCUAGAAAUAUACAGCAGCUUUUCAGAGCGAUAUUGCAACUUCAAAUGAAUGACCACAGAUACCACUACAUGUUCACCACUUUUGAUUUGGAAACUUUCGAUUUAGAGGACUUCAAAUAUAACUCUGUCAAUAUAACUGCCUUCCGACUGGUUGACGUGGACCAUCCCAAAGUCCAGGAAAUCUUGAAAGUAAUGGAGAAGUUCCAAUCUAUCGGACACGCCAUUCUGAAUAGGAGUGGUAUAAUACAGGCUGAGCCGGCUCUGGUAUACGAUUCCGUCUACGUUUUCGCCAAAGGCCUAGCGAAUAUGGAUUCUAUCAAGCCUACCAACUUAUCUUGCGACGUAGAAAAGCCCUGGAAUGACGGCCUGUCACUCUACAAUUAUCUUGAUGCUGUGUCUGACUUGCACGGAUUGACGGGCAACCUUGAAUUCCAGGAAGGGAAACGUUCAAACUUCAAGGUGGACUUGCUCAAGCUGAAAAAAGAAGAAAUCCAGAAGGUGGGAACGUGGAGUCCUUCCGAUGGUAUUAAUAUCACUGAUCCCAACGCCUUCUACGAUCAGCACGCACCAAAUAUCACCUUAAUAGUCAUGACACGUGAAGAGAGGCCAUACGUUAUGAUCAAGCAGGAUGGAAAUUUUACAGGCAACGCACGGUAUGAGGGGUUCUGCAUUGACCUACUGAAAUGGAUAGCCAACCAGGUUGGAUUUCAGUACUCCAUUCAACUGGUACCUGAUCGUACUUACGGCGUGUACAACCACGACACCAAACAAUGGAAUGGAAUUGUGCGAGAACUUAUUGACAAGAGGGCUGACCUGGCUGUGGCUUCCAUGACGAUAAAUUAUGCAAGGGAGAGCGUCAUCGACUUCACCAAGCCCUUUAUGAACCUCGGGAUAGGCAUCCUUUUUAAGAUACCAACUAGCCAACCCACUAGACUCUUCAGCUUUAUGAACCCUCUAGCUGUCGAGAUCUGGAUAUACGUCCUAGCUGCCUACCUCUUAGUUUCUUUCACCCUGUUUGUGAUGGCACGCUUUUCACCCUACGAAUGGAACAACCCCCACCCCUGUCACCAAGAGUCUGACAUUGUAGAAAACCAAUUCUCAGUGUCCAACAGUUUCUGGUUCAUUACCGGAACCUUCCUGAGACAGGGUUCAGGCCUAAACCCUAAGGCUACAUCUACACGAAUUGUUGGAGGUAUAUGGUGGUUCUUUACCUUGAUCAUCAUAUCGUCGUAUACAGCGAAUUUGGCUGCCUUUUUGACAGUGGAACGCAUGAUCACACCCAUCGAAAGUGCCCAGGACCUUGCUGAUCAAACGGAGAUAUCGUAUGGGACCUUGGAAGGUGGCAGUACCAUGACAUUCUUCAGGGACUCUAAGAUUGGAAUUUAUCAAAAAAUGUGGAGGUUUAUGGAAAGCAGGAAACCUCGGGUUUUUGUCAAAAGCUACGAGGAUGGAAUAAACAGGGUGUUGCAGGGAAACUAUGCCUUCCUCAUGGAAUCCACCAUGCUGGAUUACGCGGUUCAACGUGACUGCAAUUUGACACAAAUAGGCGGUCUUCUGGAUUCAAAGGGUUACGGCAUCGCCACCCCCAAGGGCAGUCCCUGGAGGGACAAGAUCUCCCUGGCCAUCCUGGAACUGCAGGAAAAAGGAGUUAUCCAGAUCCUGUACGACAAAUGGUGGAAAAAUACCGGAGAUGUUUGUACUCGCGACGACAAAAGCAAGGAAUCCAAAGCAAACGCCUUGGGAGUGGAGAAUAUCGGUGGAGUUUUUGUAGUUCUACUAUGCGGUCUAGCUCUGGCAAUCUUAGUAGCCAUUUUGGAGUUUUGCUGGAACAGCAAGAAAAAUGCCCAAACUGACAGACAGUCGUUGUGCUCCGAAAUGGCAGAAGAAUUAAGAUUUGCAAUGAGAUGUCAUGGUUCAAGACAAAGGCCUGCCUUAAGAAGAAGUUGUACAAGGUGCAGUCCUGCAACCACCUAUGUUCCUGCUGCCUUGGACCUGCCACAUCUUAAUGGCGAGGGUGUAGUACUGCCAAUGAUGGACCUAAAAAAAUCCCCCAUAAACUACGACGUGGACACCUAGCGACGACUCACCUCCGGAGGUUACUCCACCUUCACCUGCGCCUCCACCUCCAUCAGAGACUGCUGUGGAGGUCCCUCCACAUCUGUCAUCCAGAAAGCCGCCACAUUAGACUACAGGACCUCAACAGGCCCUGACGUAAGCAUCGGAAGUGGUACCAACAAAUGCGCCACGUUGGGACGUACCGCUUCAGUACGAAAAAUAGUGUCCGUGGGAGGAAUAAACUACCGCGCAGACAGUGACGAGUCGUACUGCGCAUCGGCGACGCAGUGCGACGUUGUCGUGACGCGGACUGGCAACGGGAAGUUCCUGGUGUCGGGCACGGACGUUCCCGACAGGAUUCUGUGGAAAUUCGAUUGUGAUAUUAAGUCCGGCAACAGUCCGGACGUGGUGAGCGGGAGCGCGGUGUUGCCGGACGCGGUGGUAAGUCGGACGACGACUCUGUGAUACUUAUUAGGCUAGUAAGGUAUUUUUUUGUACAUAUUAUAGGGAAAAAACUGUAAACUUAUGAUAUAUGUAAGGUAUGUUAACGUGUGGGUUAAUGGAAUACGUGUUGAAUAUUGUCUGUUUUUUAAUUUUUAAAGAUUAUUUAUUUAUACGAUAUUGUUUGUUAAUGUAGUUACACACGUACAUUUUUUUCUGAUGGUGCAACUACACAGUCCACAUCACACACAUCACAGUAAAGAGUCCAAAAAAACGAAAGAAUAAAUAAUAAUAACUUUACCACCAUACACACAAAGUUUGGUGUGUGCAGGCAAGUCUGUACAAUUAUUUACAAUGGUAUUUUGAAACGGAUUAUGUGGAUAGUCUACUAGCAGCCUCAAAGUCUUGACCAUACACGUUGAGAGACAUCUCAAAGUCUGGACUGCAAAGUCCGAACCUUCAGAAAAAUCUGUAGGUAUGUGGCUACCUUUAGAGUAACCUUAUUUAAGAUACUGAGAUUACUAAUAUUUUUUUCUUAGUUUCUAUACAGGGUUGUUCACCA